AGAUAUGGUUAAUCACAACUGGACUGCCUGUCCAUUGAUAAUACCGGAUAUAAUCGAUGAUAAGCGCCGAACAGUUCCACUCUUUGUAAUCAUUUUCAUCGAGACUUUGGCCCACAAAGAGAUCACUUCCGCCGACAUUCAACUCAAUUGUCAACUGAAACCAUUGAAUAUGUGUUUCAUUCACUACCAGCGCAUAGCGAAUGAGAUCAACGCAUACACUCAGCUAACUGUAGGUCCCCUCGUGGGCACCGCCUAUAUGCCACUCACGGCACAGGAGGCGUUCAAAGAUGGAAAGUAUAAUACAGAUGUGGAUCUAAUCGCUGGUGUAGUCCAUAAUGAGGGCCAGUUCUGGCGCCACAAAUCAAAGGCAAUAUCACUGAAGAGUUUGGAUGAAGUGUUGGCCUUUUAUCUCAAAGAUGUCAAAAAGGAUGACUACGCGGCCUAUCGGUGGGCAUACUAUGACCUGAUU